UUUCCGUUUGGGUUGGUUUGUUUUUCCGUUGAGGUCGUUGUGCACGGAGAAGAGAGAGAAAAAUUGGUGCGAACGGAAAUUAAUAAAAAGCUAAAUACACAUGCUACAGUGCUUUCGGCUCAGAUUGCACGAUUUCACUCAUCUCUUAUCAUUAUUCCCAUUUCAUCACAUCUUUGGUCUUUUAAAUUCUCCUCCUCUUUUUACAUCUUCUUAAUCUUUCUCAUACCAAUGGCUUCCUCUUCUUUUUCUUUUUCUUCUAUUUCUUCCACUCACCAAUGGAACUAUGAUGUUUUCUUAAGCUUUAGAGGGGAAGAUACCCGCUAUGAUUUUACAAGGCGUUUACAUGAAACUCUUUGUGACAAGGAUUUUAACACCUUCAUUGAUAAUGACCUUCCAAGAGGAGAAGAAAUUUCAAUUGAACUUCUUGAAGCCAUUGAAUCAUCAAAAGUUUCAAUCAUUGUGUUAUCUGAAAACUUUGCUUCUUCUUCUUGGUGUUUGGAUGAACUUGUCAAGAUUCUUGAGUGUAGAAAAAAUAUUGGCCAGUUAGUUGUACCUGUUUUUUACAAAGUGGACCCAUCAGAAGUACGUGGUCAAAAGAGAGAGUUUGGGGUGGCCUUGACAAAACAUGAAGAAAAAUUCAAAAAUAAUAUUGACAAGGUGCAGAAUUGGAGGAUGGCUUUAAAGGAAGUUGGUGGUUUGUCUGGAUGGCACUAUAAGAAUGGUGACACUGAAGCUAAAUUUAUCCAAACAAUUGUUGAAAAUAUACCAAAAUACACAGCAAUGCUUGUUGAAAAAUACCUUGUUGGAGUAGAACCUCGUGUCAAGGAUGUAGAAUCGCUUUUAAGAAUGGAGUUAGAUGAAUUUCGCAUAGUAGUGAUUCAUGGCCUUCCCGGAAUAGGCAAGACUACAAUUGCAAAAGCAGUUUAUAACAGAAUUGCUAAAUAUUUUCAUCGAAGCAGUUUUUUAGAGCAUGUUAGAGAAACUUCGAAGACGGAGGAUGGCAUUAUCAAACUACAAGGUCAACUUCUUAAAGAGAUUUUAGGGGAUGAAAAUUUGAAAAUUCACAGCACAUCCAAAGUAAUCAAUUUGAUAAAAAAUAGACUUCGUAGUAAAAAUGUUCUUAUAGUUCUUGAUGAUGUGGAUAAAUUGAAAAGAAUAGAAAAAUUGCUUGGAAAUUUUGAUUGGUUUACUUCAAGAAGCAGAGUCAUUAUAACAACAGCAGCAGAUCCACAAUUGUUAGCUCCUCUUGGAAAAGUUUAUACAACUUAUGAGGUCAAGGAAUUGGACGAACGUGAAGCUCUUCAACUCUUUGAAAAGCAUGCCUUCCCUGGAAAGAAUCCCAAUAAAGAUUAUUUUGAACUUACAAACCAAGUUAUACAGUAUGCCCAAGGCCUUCCACUCGCUGUUGUAAUAAUAGCUCGUGAUUUGUGUGGAAGAACUAAACAUGAAUGGGAAAGUGCAUUACAUAAGUAUAAUGAAAUUCCCAAUAAAGACAUUCAAAAAGUACUUGAAGUAAGUUAUUAUGGACUGGAUGGAAACGAACAAGAUAUUUUCCUCGAUAUUGCAUGUUUCUUCAAGGGAUGGACCAAGGAUUAUGUUGUAGAUAUAUUAAAUGGUUGUGAUUUAUUUGCAGAUGAUGGUAUUCCAAGACUUGUUAAUAAAUGUCUCAUUACUGUGGAUCAUUCUGGUAAAUUGUUAAUGCAUGACCUAAUACAAAAAAUGGGUAGGGAAGUUGUUCGACAAGAAUCUACACAUAUUCUUGGAAAACGUAGCAGGUUAUGGCAUCAUAAAGAUGCUCUUGAAGUACUAAUUGGAAAUAAGGGGUCAGGCAAAAUUCGAGGUAUAAUGUUGCAUCCACGUGUACUAGUACAUGUGCCACUACACCCGGAUGUUUUCAAAAGGAUGGAAAAUCUCAAGUUACUUCUUGUUGAUAACAUACAUAUUGGUGAAGCAAUUCAAAAUCUUCCCAACGGGAUAAGAUUUCUUAGUUGGCCUAAAUAUCCAUUUCUCUUGCCAUCCAACUUUUAUCCUCAACAACUUGUUUGUCUCGAUAUGCCAUGUAGUCGCAUUGAGUUGGAAGGGCUAUGCAAUCGGGUUUUCCCGUUAGAAAAUAUGAAACAUCUCAAUCUCCGUGGUUGUAAAUUUAUAACCGAAUUACCUGAAUUAUGCACCCCAAAUUUGGAGAGAUUGGACAUUUCUUAUUGUGAAAAUUUAGUUGAGAUUCACGGGUCCGGUGAAUUUCUUCAUAAGCUUAAAACGUGGAAUCUUACUCGUUGCAAAAAACUUCAAAAUUUUCCAAACAACCUCAUGUUGACAUCUCUUGAAGUUCUUGAGAAAUUAUUCCUUUUGGAAUGCGAUAACCUUCGGGUUCUUCCAGAUGGCGUUUAUAAAUUGCAACAGCUUCGGGAGUUGUUGACUCCUACUGCGAAAUUGAGACUGACAUGCAAUUCUUUUGAUAGCUCCUCCGGUUAUGGGUUUCUGAACAUGACAGAGCUGCAUCUUGCUUACAAUACAAGCAUAAUUGAAUUAGAUCUUUUGAUGAAGCCUGAUUACUUCCCCGCAUUGUAUCGUAUAGAUCUAUCUUGUACCAAUAUUAUUACCAUCCCCAAAAGCAUUAGCAGAUUUCCUAGAUUAAAAUUACUUCGGAUUGAGGGUUGCAAUCACCUUCGUGAAAUUCAAGGACUUCCACAAUCGAUAAGUGGUGUUUAUGCAGAAUAUUGCCCGUUGUUGGAUUAUGAAUCGCUAUUGAAUCAGGUAAUAGAAAUUAUGGGGAUUUUACCGAAUGGAGUAUGUGGUAGUGCAAGAAGCAAUGAAUUAAUGGAUCCACAGUUCACCGAUUAUGAAUCUGAAACUGAGGGUGCUGAAUCUGAAGAUUGGGACACAUCACUGUUCACCGAUCCUUUCCGACUUGAAAUUGAGGGCUCUGAAUAUGAAGAUGGGGACAUUGCUCGUAUUCUUACGGUAUCGGGAACUGAGAUUCCAUGGUUCAAUCAUCAAAGUGUUGAAAAUAAUUCAAUAUUGUUCUGGGUUGGUCGCAAAUUUCCAAAAUUGGCUGUCUAUAUUGCUUUUGCAGGCGAUGAGGAUGAUGGUAUCCCCUAUAUGUAUAAAUGCUUUGUUUACAUUUCCAUCAAUGGUUGUAAAAGACGUGAAUGUAUGCCUCGGCAUUUACUUCCAAAUACUUGUAAUAUCCUGCAAUUAUGUUGUCCACGUCAAUGCUUUCUACAGCAGAAAUUGAAUGAGUCAAAUCCAACUGACCAGAAUCGUGUUGAGGUUACAUAUAAAAUAAUCGGAUAUAAUCAGGAAGAUGGUGCAUCUGUUGGGACACUAAAAGCCACAAGGUGGGGGGUCCACGUAGAGUGCAUCUGUCCUCCUCAAGAAUCUGGUAUACCUAACUUGCCCCUUCUAACUGCUGGACACGAUGAUGAUGAUGAUGUUCAUUACUGGAGCGAGUUGCCAUUUCAUGGGUCUGAUGAUUUGGAAGCAGAAGAAGAUGAAAAAUAUCGGUCUCCUCUGGUCCUUCAUGAAACAUCUAGUUCGUGCAUGAGUUGGCUAGUUGGGCCAUCCACCAUGCUUUUUAUGCUAUUCCUUUUUAUGCAAUUCCGCUUUUGCUGCCCCAGAGAUUUUUGACCUGCAUUACAAAUAGCUAUUAAGAGGAUCAAUUCAGGAUGAGACACAACGUCUCCUUCAAGUUGGAGGAAAUGACAAACCUUUCAAGUACUUAAAGAACUGUCUCUUGUUAUGCUUGUCCUCAGGAUUGAGGAAAGAGAUGUAUUGGAACAACUUGUGGAACAAGCUAUGGCAUGCAGAACUUUCUUGACAAAAAUAGUCAAUUUUUCUUUAGCUUAUUUUGAUAAAGAUCUCAGUGUGGUCUCUGAAAAAUUAACUGCUGCUGUUAAGGCCAUUGAAGUGGCAGUUCUGUAUGAUCAUCAAGCUAAUCGCAACCUUGAGCUGGCUUUAGCAAGAUACUCACGGAGAUUCAAAGUCAAUAGAUUAUUAGGGGGUUUACAAAAGCCCAAGAUCCAACUGAUUCAGCAGCAUUUGAAAGAGGUUGCAACAGAUUCUGGAGCUCUCAGCUUAGAUAAAGUUUUUGAACUUAUCAUGGAAGGUGAAAAUUUACCUUCUUACUUGGAGAAGGAUAUUAA